UCUCCUUAUGCUCAUGGACAGCCCACUGAAUCGGGCUGGUCUCCUGCAGGUUUAUAUCCAUACCCAGAAGAAUGUUCUAAUUGAAGUCAAUCCCCAAACCAGAAUCCCAAGAACUUUUGAUCGAUUCUGUGGUCUUAUGGUUCAGUUGCUGCAUAAGCUCAGCGUUCGAGCAGCUGAUGGGCCUCAGAAAUUGCUGAAGGUGAUUAAAAAUCCAGUCAGUGAUCAUCUGCCUGUGGGCUGUAUGAAGAUAGGUACCUCUUUUGCAGUUCCAAAGGUGUCAGAUCUGCGUGAACUAGUUCCUGCAGCGGAGCCAGUUGCCAUUGUUGUGGGAGCUUUUGCCCACGGUUCGGUCAAUGUUGACUACACAGAAAAGAUGGUUUCCAUCAGCAACUAUCCCCUCUCUGCUGCCCUGACAUGUGCUAAAAUUACUACUGCCUUUGAGGAAGUCUGGGGAGUAGUAUGAUGUGCUGCUGCUACUGCUGUCAUGGUGGACUUCUAUACAGUGACUCCACAUUCUGGAAAGGCUCUUUUACUUAGGUGUGGACCUGGUGCAACUUUGGGCUCCUGGAAGGGAAAGGGCUUCAAUUUUGUCCUGGCAGCUUCUGGAGCAAUGAGACUUUAAAUGGACUGCCCCUGCCCCACUGACCCUUUUUCCACCCCUAUUAAAGGUCACUUUUGAUAAGGAG